AAAUUGGGGUCACCAACAUCAUUGAAAGACAUCAAUUGUAGUGAAGAAUCAACCAACCAAUAAUAUUAAUUGUUCUUUGCUUUGCAAAUAUUUGUUUGUGAGAAAAUAUGUCAGGCUGUAAUUGUGGAAGCAGUUGCAAUUGUGGCGAUAGCUGCAAAUGCAACAAGAGGUCAAGUGGAUUGAGCUAUGUGGAAGUGGAAACCACAGAAACCGUGAUUCUCGGCGUUGGUCCGGCAAAGAUCCAAUUUGAGGGUGCUGAAAUGGGUGUUGCAGCUGAGGAAAGUGGGUGCAAGUGUGGAUCAAACUGCACAUGUGACCCUUGCAACUGCAAGUGAGAUGCAACAUAUGAAAGUUUGAAGCAGAGAUAAUAAUGGUAUCAAUAUGUAUAAUUGUGUGUAUGAGUGUACACAUUUAAUGUAUAAGAAGCAUAUACUAGUAUGUAUGUGUUUGCUAUUAUAGAAUAAUAAUAUAAUGUGUUCAUGGAUCUCACUUUCAACAAAUUGAAAUAUUCUUAGAUUUUGUUGAAGGUGUUAUGAGAGCUAUGUGGUUGCUUUGUGUUUGGUUGGCUUGUGUAAACUAUACCUAAUUUGAAUCAUAAAUCUCUGCAUAUUAUAAAUGGAAGUUUGGUUUUAAUCAA